CUCGUGUGUUGUUGAGGAAUACAAGAUGCUUUUUUCUUUCCAAAUGGAAAUUGGAAACCAUGAAUACAGUGCGGUAUGUUUCUCAAGUCACACCGCAAUCCCAGGGGCCAGCAGGUCAACUUACCGAUGCUGGUGCUGUGGCGCCUGUGCCCACCUAUCAACAUCCAUGACACAGAGCAGGCCAGCCCUGAAGCGGCACAACAAGACCGAGUGAAGGUCCCUUAAGCCACGCCGUCGAAGGAUUCUCUAAUCCUACAUCGCAUGAGCAUGGACCUUCAAAUCCCAGCAGCAUACAGUGCUUGAAACGUUGGAGGAAGCCACCAACCUUGGGAACACACCCCGUUUGAUGAUUGGAUAUCCUCCUGCACGCCCGCCUCUUCCAAUGCCUGGAUCUAUCUCUUGGAAAGGCUGGUUUUAAAGCAUGGUGGUCUCCCUCACCGCACUAUCCCCCACGCGUCGCGUUUCCCACCGUUGUCGAUGGAGUCCACAACACCAGCUCCACCAGGGCCUGAUGUGUCCAAGGCUUCGUUAGUGGUAGGCACGAUAUCGUUCCUGCACCUCAUAUCAUGGACGCUGUAUGCCGCUCGCAUCUGGACUCGUAUGCGACCGAUAUCACGCCUAUUCGUCGAUGAUUAUCUGAUCACUCUUGCUGUGCUCUUUGACCUGGCGUCGUAUAUUUUCUUGAUGAUAGCGGUUCAUUACGGCAUUGGUCGACAUAAUUACUACGUCCCGACAGAUCAGGAAGUCCUUGCGGAAAAAUGGCUGUUCCUCAGCCAGCCAGUCUUCCCCUGGAGUCUCGCCUUCUCCAAGAUGAGCAUUGCGUGUAUGCUUAUUCGGAUUCGUCGGGAUCAGCGCGUUUGGGCUUGGGGAAUGUACUUGAUCAUGGCGUUUGUGGUGCUCAUCGCCAUCAACACAAACGUUUUCCAACUCUCACUGUGCCGACCGCUCUGGGCUGUGUGGGACCACAGUAAUUCUGAGGCCCAGUGCAUGGAUAUGACUGUGGCGCAAACAUCAAUCUAUGUCAACUCUGCACUCAACGUUGUGACAGAUUUUGCUUUAAGCUUGGCCCCCAUCACGUUUAUUGUCCACCUACAGCGACCACUCAGGGAGAAGAUUGCGGUCGCCUUCAUGAUGGGUUUGGGCAUAUUUGCGAGUAGUGCCUGCAUUGCGAAAACCUUCCAUGUCAAAGACUACGGUAAAACAGGUGACAGUCUCAUGGAUUGUGUACCUAUAACGAUUUGGAGCAUGGUAGAAAUGCAGCUUGCGAUAAUUGCAAGCUGCAUUCCCUGUCUCAAACAACUCUUCGAACGAGGCUUACGACGAUUCGGUCUCUUGAGCACCCAGCACGCUGGAGACUCCUUCACUGACAGCCGGAACCACCAGACCUAUCCUGGGCCGAACUUCAGGACUCGCCAAGAGACAAGCGAUGAUUACGGCCACCACCUUACUUCGAUACAACAGUCCCCACGCAGUCCUCGGUGCAACAAAGCAGCGAGGAACUCCGGGGUGGAGACAGAAAGCAUAGAGAGCAGCGAGAUACCCAUCAUGAGACCAGACUCCACAGGCACUGAUCACAUACAGACGCUGUCAGCAUCACCCGGACGAGGAUCAUUUUACUUCAACUUUGCGGUGAAUCCAGGUCUUAACCCAAACCGAAGGGAUGGUAGAGGACCAAGGCCGGAAAGGUAGUGAGAGGAGGUGGCGUCAGCACAUCUCUGUCAAAUACCAAAGCCAUCGUGAACAGAGCAAAUAUCAUGAAAUGUGCAUCUCAUUGGAUCCAUAGGCUGAUCUGACUACACCCAUCAUGACAGUCUAUCCCGGUAUUCAACCUUGCAGCGAGCUAAUUCUUUCCCGUCGGAAAAUAAUCACAAAGAAGAAGAGGUUGGCACUGCCCUUCUCAACCGCCAAGGUGAACUUGACAUCUGUCGAAUGUUCCUUGUUACCCCAUUGAUAGAGAGGCCCUUUCUUGGUCUCAUGCGACAACUCACCAUACCAUCUACAGGCUAGUUCGCUA